AUGGCCGCGCAUGAUUUUCAUACACCACCUGCUCCAGCACCACCCGCUCCACCUGCAGCUAGAACGGCUGCGGCACCACUACAACUUGACAGCACCUGGUCGGAGGCCUUGGUCCGCACAAUCAAGCGCUGUAGUCGGCUACAACAGGACCUCCAUAACAUCGCAGUCCGCAUGUCGCGCGUGUCUCGUGACUAUGAGAUUUUAGCAAGAGAGGUGCAUCGGCCACAACUACUCAUACUCUUAAAAAAGGUCUGUAUACAUGCACUGGCUCAGCACGCGGAUAAUCCGGAUGGUGUCGCUGCGGUUCGCCUGGCCAUACAUACCGCGAUCGCUCAACGCAACGCCCACCAGAAUACAAACACGAACCAGAAUGCCAACGCGCAGAAUACCAACACAAACCAGGAUGCCAACGCGCAGAAUACUAACAUCAACCCGAAUACUAACGCCCGCCCGGACCAGGCGCAGUAA